AUGGCGGCUGCGAUGGAGAACGGCGCGCCGAACGGCAGCGCCGUGCACACAAACCACGAUAGAGACGCCAAACUGAGCUCCCCCCGAAAGGCAAACGGUGUCAACGGCGAUGUCGGCGGUGCAGACAAAAUGGUCAAUGGCGACGCAUCAACAAGAGCGGAACCAUUAACAACCGAGACACCAACAACCUCACAAUCAUCAAGGAUGAACGACCUGCCCGACCAAAUUCAACACAUCACCACCAACUACGUGCCGCUCGGCUUCCUGCUGCAACGACUCGCCCAAAAAACACACAACAACCUCCAGGAUCUCAUCCGCGAGCUGGCGCGGAAACCGGUUGCUGGAAGCGGCGGCGCAUCAGGCACCCCGCCCGCGCUGCCACCGGGCACCGAGGAUGGCUCGAUCGAGAACAUUGAGAAGAAGAAGGCCCUGCUCGACUUUGCGCGCAGCGAGCAUGCCAACUGGGUGAAGGCCCUUGUCAUCACAGAAUGGAGCAAGAAGGCCAGCCAGAUCAGCAAGCUCAUCGACCUCGAGAACCACAUGUUUGAGGAAGAGCUUGUCCGCUAUGAGCAAGCGGUGUUCACCAUGCUCAACCUCAAGCGCAACCUGAACGCCGCACGUGUGCCGAGUCCCGACCUCAAGACCGCCCUCCACGUCUUGUCGCGAGGCUCCGCCGGCUGGAUGCCCGACCUUGGCUUUAUCACCCCACCACCGCUCAAUGCCCAGGAGCAGCUCAAGAAGCUGGACGACAUCAGCACGCUGCUCUCUCUCCGCCUCAAUCUCGACGACCACGACACCAUCCCCUACUUCUUCCGCAACUACUACUCGAUCGCCUCGGGACGCGUCACGUUCAAGGUCCCCGGCGAAUUCGAGGUCGACCUGACCCUGGCGAGCGACGACUUCUCCCAACAGCUGUGGUUCCUCGACCUGCGGUUCCUUUUCACGCCCGCACCGCGCGAUUUGACACCCAGCCUCCGCAAGGCCCUCGAAGACCGCGUGAACAACGUGCUGGGGCUCGAAGGCCUCGCAGGCUGCUACCGCAUGCUGCACGAGUAUGUGCUGACACACAAAAUCAACGAGCUGCGGCGGCAGGUGAAGGACCUGGCGCGCGGACGGUGGAUCGAUACGGUGCGCGCCGAACAGCUGAACCGUGCCAUUGCGGUGCAGUACUGGACGUCGCGGCACAGUGGGGGCAACCACUACAACAGCGGCGCCGCUGCGGGCCCCACUGGCAGCAACAACGCCGAGGUUCGCAGUUGGUUUAUCAUUGGCGUACACAGCGGACGCGAUGCUGCGAGCGCCGACCUUCCCGAGGAGCAAAUCACCAGCCGGCUCACACUGCGCUGGUUCCGUGACAACAAGGAGGUGAAGGACCUGGGCGACGGCCAGAUCAGCGCCAUCCUGACUACCCUCUCAGCGGAGAGCGAAGAGACGGCCGAGGGCCAAACCCAUGACGAUGGCAGCACACCACUCUCCGCCACUGUCACCUUGUGCGCCGAGACCGUCCUUCAGCACAUCGUCGCACUGCACGUCGAGCACAUCCUGACCGGCAUCCACACGAAACUGGCGGCCAAGCCGCUCUUUGCAAAGCGCCUGGCCACCAUGCGCCUGCGCAUCUCGCGCACCGACGCCAGCGCCUCCUUCCUCGAGAUCCAGCUCACAAACGCCGGCGACCGCAUAUGGGUGCGCAUCGACCCCGUAACGGGCCUGUUCUCGCUCUCGCCGCAGAAGUCGCGAGUCGUAACACACAGCGAAAUGCGCAUCAAUGCGGCGGCGGCUGGCGGCUCGUUGGGUGGCGGGUCCACGGGGACGGGCGGCGACCCUGUGGAGGAGGGCUUCGUCAUGCUCGACAACGUCCGAAACCUAGCGGCUCAGGAGGACCUAGGGCGGCGUGCCAAGAGCUUCGGUUGGCAGGUCGUGCGAAACACAGGCCCCGGCGGCGGCCACCUGGUGAAGCCAGACGAGCUGCGGCAGGUACUGAACCUGCGCGACUCCUACCAAGUCCUGUGGCUCAAGCGACCCGACUGGGCGGCGCCCCAGUGGCACGUCCUGGCGAGUCUCAGUCUCAGCGGUGACCGGUGGUGGCUCGUCAAGCUGGCUGAGCAGCCGACGUCCCCACCCCCGGUAUCGGGUCUACCGGGUCCCGGCCAGCAGCAGCAAGGACCCGCGGCGACCAGCGCAGCGCGCAUCGUGAUGCAGAUGCUGCUUCCCAUGGGAACCAGUCCCUCCGAUCUCGACGACGCCUUCUUCUCGGACCUCACCAUCUAUGCGACGGGUGUCUUGGCGCAAUACACCGACGCGCAUGAGUUGUCGCAGCGGCGCAAGAUGGCCCAGGCGACGCGCGUGAUCAACCCCUACCUGCCGUCGCGCGCCAAAUUACCAGCUAUGAGCAUCCGGCUGUCCGACCUGUUGUCGGCCGGCGCCGCUGCCAUCACGGGAUCGCAGCCGUCCACCACAACGACAACCAUCAACAACCGCUCUAUGAUACCGUCUACGAACAGCCGCGGAAGGCAUGGUCAAGCACAGCGCUGGUGGGCCUCCGACUUCUUGCAGCUGCUCUUCCGCGGUGUCGACAUGGACGGCGACGACGAGACAAACAGUGCCGCCGGCGAGCGCCGCCGGCGCAUCCGCGUGCUGGCCGAGGCUCGUCUGACCGUCCUCGACCGCAGCAAGUUCCGGCUUCUCGGCAACAGCAGCCGAACGGACCAGGACGUGGCGUUCAACUCCCGCACGGGCCAGUUCUGCCUGUACCUGCGUGCCGCGGUUGGUGAGUCUGUCAUCGACACGCUUGUGCGGCGCCUGCGGUCCAUUGAGCGCCUCGUGGGCUUCCUCGACGCCAUCCGUCGCGAGAGCCGCGUCGUGCACAUCCAGACGGUGUCCCUGAGCCGGCUCGUAUUCUCGUACAGCGUCGGUCCUGGCAGCCCGCUGUCGCUGGAGGAGAAGCAGAGCCUGACGACCGAGGCAGUGGCGGCCGCUACGGCGGCGGCCAAUAGCUGCGGCCGGUGGGACGUCUCUGUCGACCUUUCGAGCUCUGCCCAGGUGCAGCUGCAGCUCGAGCGCGGAUGCCCGCAUCUGCGCGUGGCCGACUUUCUGAACAAUGUCGCCAACGACCCGACGACGUUUGCGGCUGUGCCGUUCUUCUUGACCGCCACACUAUCGCUGCAUCGCGCGCUGGACCGCAUUGAAGAUGCCUGGGAGGGCCUGGUGAUGCGCAACGCGGGCAUGCUGGGCAUCUUCCCCCGCGCGCUCGACUGGUACGUCGUGCGGUUCCUGAUUCCGCCUACGCCGCCCAGCGCCGGCGCACCGACGCCGCCGCCCGGUGCGGCGCGCCCGCGCGUGCUGGUUCUGGAGCUGCGCCUUAAGAACCGUCGCAGCGAACUCUUGUGGCAAAUCCGGCGCCUCGACAACAACUCGCCGGAGAGCACGGGCGCCCCCGUUCCCGCGGCCCUGGCCAAUGCGGCACCCGCGUCGGCGGACGACGACCUCGGCAAGGUGGUGCGGCGUGUCUUUGACGGCAGCGGACCGGGCUGGAAGGGUCUGUUGACGGCCGCCGUUGCCAGCCCGUACCCAGAAAAGAACCCCGAAGAGUCGGCCUCAGCAUCGGCAUCGGCCGGCGGAACGGGCAAACCGGCCCGCAACACCGGCAGCACGGGCAUCGAGGACUGUCUGCUGCAGAUUGACGAGGGUGUGCGGCAGUUGCUGGCAGGCUCGUUUGCGGCAGCCAGCAACAAUGCAGCAGCCCAGCAGCGACGCGCGCAGGCAUUGGCUCAAGCCCAGGCCCAGGCCCAGGCUCAGGCUCAGGCCCAGGCGCAGGCACAGGCGCAGGCACAACAGCAGAACAACGGCGGCAGCGGCGGCAACGGAUCCAGCGGCGGCAUCCCGCAAGCGCAGACGGCCCGCAUGGGGUAG